AUGGAUCAACGUAGUAGUAAUUUUGUUGGGGGAAAAUUAAAAUUGAAAAAAAAAAUAAAAAAAAGUAAAAGCAAAAAAAGUAGUGAUAAUGCAGACAAAAAAUAUAAGGACGAAAUAAAUAAAGGAUUAGAACAUGAGGAGAAAAAGAAAAAAACAAAUGACAAAGAUGAGGAUAUAAUAAAUGGUACAGGAAGAAUAGUAACAAUUAAAAAUACGAUACAAGGAUUUGAUACAAAGUUUAUAGAAGAAUUAAAAGUUGGAUAUCAAAUAAUUUUAAAAAAUCCAAAUAGUCUACAAAUUGAAAAAAGAAAUGUAACAUCCAUAUUAAGUAAUAGAACUGUACUUGUUGAUGAAGAAUUUUCAAGUGAUAUAAGUACAGCAUGUAAAUAUUAUAUAAAUAAAAAAAAAGUUGAAGAUAUAAGUAAUAGUGAAAGUUGUAGUGAUAAUGAAACAUUGAAAUAUGCAAAAGUUUUAAAAGAUAAACCUAAACAUGAUGUUAUAAAAAUACGACAAAAAGUUGGAUUAUGGUCUUAUAAAGUUGUUGAUAAAAAAAUUAAGGGAAAUUUAACAAACGAGCAAAAGUUAGAUGAACGGGUAAAAAGUGGGCGUGAUAAAUUUUGUUGGUAA